GCUGACGUACCGCGCGGCGGCCAUUGUAACCGCCUCUCUGCCGUAAAGCGUGGCGGCCACGCCCGCGCUGCCGUAAAGCGCGGCGACCAUUUUAAACGGCGCGCUGUCGUAAAGCGCCGCCGCAAAGCGCGCGGCAAGAUGGCGGCGGUGACGGUGCUGCCGCCGGAGCCGGGACCCGUGAGCACCGGGACCACCAUCAUGGCCGUUGAGUUCGACGGCGGCGUCGUCAUCGGGGCCGAUUCGCGCACGACCACGGGGACGUACGUGGCCAAUCGCGUGACGGACAAACUGACGCCCGUGCAUGACCGGAUCUUCUGCUGCCGCUCGGGCUCCGCGGCCGACACGCAGGCCGUGGCCGACGCCGUGGCCUACCAGCUGGCCUUCCACAGCGUGGAGCUGCAGGAGCCGCCCCGUGUCCGCACGGCCGCGCGCCUGUUCCAGCAGACCUGCUACCGCUACCGCGACGAGCUCAGCGCCGGCGUCAUCGUGGCCGGAUGGGACCCACGGCGCGGGGGGCAGGUGUACGCCGUGCCCAUGGGGGGGCCGCUGCUGCGCGUCCCCUGCGCCGUGGGGGGCUCGGGCAGCUCCUACCUGUACGGGUUCCUGGACGCGGCCGCGACGCCCGGGAUGAGCCGCGAGCAGAGCCGGGAGCUGGUCACCCGCGCUCUGGCGCUGGCCAUGGCGCGCGACGGCUCCAGCGGGGGGGUGAUCCGCUUGGCCACCAUCACCCCGCAGGGCGUGGACAGGACGGUGCUGGCGGGGCCGCAGCUGCCCUGGGGGGACGGGGGUCCCGCCGUGUGACCCCCGGAACACGCCGCACCCCCACACCGGGGGCAAUAAACGGCUCUGCGCGCUCUCUG